AUGGACAGCCUUCAGAUAAAGCACCUAGAUGUCAAGCGUGGUCUACACUAUCGCUACUAUGUCUCCAAAACAGGGGACACUUCCAAGCCCGCGCUGUUGCUACUCCAUGGCUGGCCCGACAGUGCCAUGGUGUGGCAAUAUACCUUGCCGUACCUGGCAACAUUGAACCUCAGAAUCGUGGUUCCGGACCUACUGGGCUAUGGCGGCACCUCGAAACCAACCGACAUCCAGCUUUACGACUAUCGCCGCAUGUCCGAAGACCUUGUCGAGAUCUUGGACGCCGAGCACAUCGAUCAAGUCAUCCCGGUCGGCCACGACUUCGGCUGUUGGCUUACCCAGCGCUUCCAGAUAUUAUAUGCAGACCGAUGCGUAGCCGCAGUCCACCUAGGCAUCGCAUUUAUGCCGCCAAUGCCAGUCUUGCCAGAUCUCGAGACGCUCAAUGCCUUGACUGAGCAGCAAGUGGGCUACCCACGAUAUAGCUACUUCCACCUCUUCACCGCUCCAGACGCACCCGCCAUCUUCUCUAAGAACCAGGAGAGCGUCUGGCACGUCAUGCAUGGCGAUCGAAAGGAUUGGAUCAAGUACAUCUUCACCACUCCCAAUGCGAUGCGAGAGUGGAUCGAAGCAGGUAGGACUGAUGUGCCGCUCCUGCCAUAUGCCCAGGACACGAGGCUGAAGGAGGAAUGGAAGACCGAGAAGCCGACGUCCGAAGACUGGGAGUCGACGUUCUGCUGGUAUCGUGCUUUCACCGAAGGCGUACAAUCAGAAGCCGACAGGGAUAUCCCACCGGAGCAGUAUAAGCUCAAGAUACCAGUGCUGACUAUCAUGUGUACUGGUGAUGGUGUCAACCCACCAGAGACGCUAGACCCGCCGAAGGAAGCCGGCUUGUUUGCAGAUCUUACGCUGGAGGUGAUGGAGGUUGGGCAUUGGUGUACGUAUCAAGCGCCGGAGGAGUUGGGCAAGAUCAUCGUGAAUUACAUCCAGGGCCGUGGCUUUGCCGGCUAA